GUAGAGAUUGACGUUGGAAAAGACCACCAAUACCACUCCGUGUUUGCCUGUCCCGUAUCGCGCGAACAAACCACAGCGGAAAACCCGCCCAUGCGGCUACCGUGUGGCCAUGUGAUUGCUAAAGUCUCUCUCAGAAAUCUGUCCAAGGGUGUCCGGUUCAAGUGCCCCUACUGUCCUCAGGAACAAACCCCGGCCGAUGCGGUGCAGAUCUACUUUUGAUUUGAUCGGGUUUUUUGGUUGUGGUGGGAAGGACUGGGGUUUUAUGUGAUGAAGGAAUGGUUUGCACUCUCUCUCCGUGUGUGUGUGUAGAGGAGCUGAGCUACACGACUCAGGGCGAAGAUUGCAAUAGCCGAUGCACAUGCACCAUCGCACGCACGGGCAAGGAAAGAAAGUACGGUCGUGGAUAAAGUUACAGCAGAACGAAUAGUGUUGGGGAACGCACACACAUCAAUCGAAAUCGUGACAGGGCAGCGAGGUUUCUGGACUAGAGUGGUGUACGUACGCGCUGAUACUGACUGAAGUUAUAUGCCUUGUACUAGUACGAGAGUGUCAAUUGAGAUUCGUGCAGGGGUACAACGUGUGGACUUAGGUGUAGGGUGUAGGCUAUGUUAGCUGACCAGGCAUUAAAGUUAUUCGCACCAUUGUUACCAUGGUGAUGAUUGGCAAAGCAUGGAGUAAUAAAAGCAUUCGGCUAUGAUAAACACCA